AUGAAAUUUAAUGGGCAAGGAAUCAAAGCACGGUAUUGGAAAUUUGAGAGAAUUUGUGGAGAUAUUUCAUUUGGUAUGCUUCAAUUCUUUGGUGUUGCACCAUUCAUCCCAUACAACACAACCAAGGGUUUGUUGCUUUCGAGAGAUCAACAAGAAGCUCCACAUCUAACAUCUUACAAGGGAAGUGAAGUUAACACCAUUCUUCCAAUCAGUAUUUCCAUUUCCAAAGAAUAUGAUGAAACGCGCGAUAAUAAGUUACUUCCAACAUAUGAUAAUACAUUUGCUGAAAAUACAUUAGAAGGGUUAUUGGAUGACACUGCUGAAUAUGGUGUGUGUUGUCGUGGAGGAACUUUAAUUGUGAACUUUGAACAUAUUCACUUUUUCAAAUAUUUUGAAUAUUAUACUCAUUGUUUGUACGAUGGUGCCGAUCAAGAAUAUUAUUUCAGUGAUGUGAAAAUAUUUUACAAGAUUCGACCAAAUGAACCUUGGAUUCCAUUCCACAAAAAGAUUGAGAACUCCAAACGUUAUCCUUAUUUGAAUCGUUUUGAAAUUGUUGACUCUCCAACUGGAUUUAAGGCGAGAUACUGGAGAGCUUCACCGUUUCAUCCUUAG